UCUGUUCAGGCGGUGUUGGAGGUGUGUGACCGGACAGGAGGUGUGUGCGUGGUGUUGUGGAACAGUGUGUGUGUCAACUGGUAUCACUGUUUGAAGCCGGGUGAUGUCAUCAGCCUGAGACGCUAUCGAGUGAAACAGCACUACCAGGCUGAGCUGGACGAUAUAGAGAUCAGCGUUAACAGCAGGAAUCCUGCUGCACAGAUAUCUGUUCUCCCAGAAUCCUCAGUUUCACCCGAGUAUCUCCCACCUGCACCAAUCUACAGCUUCUACAACAGUAAGGAGCUCCUGGACCGUCCUCACAGCGCCGUGUGUGAUGUCAUUGGCCUGCUGACAUUCACAGGACGAGCAGAGCGAAUGAGGAGCAAGGAUGGUCGAGGGGCAGAGCUUUUGGAGUAUCGCUGGCUGCAAUUGGAGGACGGCACCAGCGAUCAGCCGAUCAACGUGAAGCUCUUCUCCACAUCUCAACCUGAAACACACCACAACCUCCACCCAUUGUCUGUGGUCGUUUGUACGAGACUGAAGUUGAUCAAGUCUGCAAAUCAAACUCACAACUGCUGCUUCCUGACAAACACAGUAAACACUCAGGUGUACUGCACAGGGCUGGGCCACCACUCAGAGAUGAGUUAUCGUAAAGUCCGGCCAGUUCGACAGUUCCUUCAGUGGCUGAGGAGCCAGGAUGAUGGACAGGUGCUGAGCAGGGCUCUGAUUGGAGGAUUCUACAUGUACCCACCUCCUCCGGUCUCCCUGGAAACGUACAUGAAAGAUCGAAGAGGUGAACCAGGUUUCCUUAGAGGGGCGGAGCUUCAGAGGGAGCUGGAGAGGCUCUGUUAUCGGGAGAGACGCACCUUCUGCAUUCAGGCAACAGUAACCAUGGUUACGUACAGCCGCAGAGGAGAGGAGGAUCGCUCUUUGUUUUGGACGGACAGAGCUGCAUCUUGCUCCUCCUCAUCGUCCUCCCCUCGUCUCCUUACAUCCUCCUCUCACCCGUCUCCGUCCCUCUCCUCCUCUUCCUCCCUCCUGCCUCUCCCUUCCACACCCCAUUCAUUCAGACCUCCUCUCUCAACCUCCCCCUCGUCUUUAUCUCCAACCUCUCCGUCCUCAGCCUUCAGUCAGAUGGCGUCUCGUCCUGUGGACCUCAGAGCAGCGAGGUCGUGUAAGAGGAAACUGCUGCUUCAGCCUGAAACUCCAACGAAGAGACAUCCGAGUGUCACACUACAACCAGAACAAAACAACAACACAGUCAUCCUGUUCGAAGCCUCCAUGGAGUUUCUAGAAAACUCAAACGCUGAUGAAGAUGAGAGCGAUGACGAUGAUGCCUCGUCCUUCGUCACCGCUCCCCUCUUUCCCGCCUUCCCACCCAUUGCCGAGGAGACACUGCCGAUGCGUUACGACCACGCCAGCAGGGAGGAGCAGGCUGUCGUCGUGGCGAUGGGAGGGAGGGCGGACCCUGGGAGGUUUGACCCUGCCUUCGAUGACUACUACACUCUGAGACUGAGAGCUCUGUCGGAUUCCGUGUCGGUCCACGUCGUCUUCCUCCCUCAUUCCUCUCCUCCUGAUCUCCCUCACCCCAACACCUGGACCUCCAUCUUAUCCCACGGAGCCUUCUCUUCACAUGGACCUCCACCUUCACCAGACACUAAAGCUUCUGUGUGA